GGUAUUUUUUUGUGUUUAGUAUUUAAAAUUAUUUAUGGGAAUGUUCUAUGAGUUAUAUAAAUAAAUGAAAGAAGCAAACAGAAUUUUUAAAAAUGAGUCAUGGGAAAAAAAGUAUAAACUUAUGGCGUUCAGGCAUAUAUAAUAUAGGACUAGGCUUUUUAAUAAUUUUAUUUCCAGUAAUACUUCUCAGAAAUUUUACAUAUGCACUAUUUUAUUUGUUAUUAGUUUCUACUUUAUCUUCCAUAAACUGUAUUAAUGUCUAUAAGAAAACACUGUCAUUUACAUUUUCAAUGCCAUUCAUAAAUCCAGAAGAUACGAGAAGUGAAAAGUUUCCGACCAAAAAGUACGAGAGGAAGGAAUUUUCAAUUCUAAAAAGCAUUUUUAUUCUGGCUGUUAGUGUAAUUGUCUAUUACAUAGUAUGUGUACUUUUUGGUGCUCCAGUGUUUGAGGCAUAUGUAGCGACAUUAUACUUUAGCAGCAUAAUGACCAUGUUAACUAUCUAUCCUUUACUAUGGUACCUUUUUUCCAGUGAUAGUAUAAUAGCUGUGCUUAAAGUGUUUUCCGAUUCAAAGUGUGAUAAUCUAAUCGAAAUUCAUCUUCAACAGUUGAUAAUAUGUACUAUAGUAGGUGCUUGGUUAGGUGCUAUUCCUAUACCUUUGGACUGGGAUCGUCCAUGGCAAACUUGGCCUAUUACUUGCUGUAUUGGAUCAGUUUUGGGAUAUUGUUUUGGCCAUUUUCUAAUAGGAAUGAGACUUCUUUACAUGUUUUACAAAGAAAAGAAGAAGAUGUAUAAUCGUUCUGUAUAAAAAUAAAUAUUACUAAGUAUAUCCCCUUGUGUUGCAAUAAGCAAAGCCUAUUUGUAUUAUAAAUGAUGUGUGGAUAUAAUAGGAAAUAUUAAUUGUUAGAAAGUGCUCAUUGUAUGGUAUUUUUCAAAUGCAGAUUGUAUUAUUCACUUAAGAUAACAAGCUAUUUUUAUAUUUUUUAUUAUGGUAAGCAGUAAUAAAAAUUUAUCUCUUAGCUGAA